AUGCAUAUGGAUCACCUAGCUGCACUUGAUGGCGGGGCUUUCACUCUGCUCACUAUUCAAUGUAACCUCUUUGUUGGGACAGUGGCCCCAUUUGCCAUAAAUCGCCCAGAGCUUCACUCAAUCCUCCAGUCUGCUAUGAACUUCGAAGUCUCAGCACAAUUCAUGCUGACCGAAGUCAAUCAUGGAUUAGAUGCGCGAAAUAUACAGACAACGGCUACAAUUUUACCCAAUGGGGAUAUUGACCUGCACACCCCGUCUCCAAACGAUGCAAAAGUUAUGCCACCAACUACCCCAAGAGGUGGCAUUCCUGUAAUCGCCGUUGUAAUGGCUCGUCUUACAAACGAAGAAAAGGAUUGUGGGAUCCGACCAUUCCUUGUCCAAAUUGGAGAUGGAAAAGAGAUGUGCAAAGGUAUUAUAGCAAAAGUACUCCCUCCACGUACCGGUGCUCACCCAGUUGACCAUGCCCUAACGUACUUCAACCAUGUGCACUUGCCAAGAUCUGCCUUACUGGGUAGUCUAGAAUCAAGGAAAGAGGAGCGUGGAUUUUUCUUAUCGACAAUACAUCGAGUCGUAGUUGGAACCCUCGCUCUAUCCGGAGCUGCCAUUCCGGGCCUAAAGGUCGCAACCUUCAACGCAUAUCGCUUCAGCUGCAACAGAAUUCAUCUUCCUAUUCUCUACUCUGUGGCUCAAUAUAGCGUGCUGGAAUCAUUCUACAUCUCCUCGGUGGAAGCUUUUCGGGACAAGAGCAUCGAUUCACGAAUCCGUCAUGGCAUUGCUAUUGCCUUUAAAGCAGCAGCUCUAGCUCAUUUUGGAAAGAGUGUCAAGGCUAUGAAUGAGCGAUGUGGAUGGCAUGGGCAUUUUGAGAAUAAUCAAAUUCUUCAACUCGAGUUAGAAAUGCGUGGCGUGUCAACCGCAGAAGGCGAGAUACGGGUGCUUGCUAUCAAACUCGCAUCCGAGUUAUUGAUAGGUCGGUAUCAAAUGCCCCCGCCAAAGAAGCCAAGUAGUCCUAUUUCUCGCCAUGAAACCUCUCUAUUCUCUGAAGGGAAAGCUCUUCUCCUGCAAUCGGGCAAGGGAACUCAUCGGGGCGAACGGUUCAAUCGUGAUAUCCUACCACUUGCUCUUCCGUUGGUCGAAGCAAUCGGGCAUCGAAUGGCCUUUGAAGCCGCCCGGGAAGCCAAUAUUGAUUCAAAAUUGCUUGAUCUCUACGCGAUUGGUGUCAUAAAGGAGGACUCUGCCUGGUAUGCCGAACAAGGUGGACUGAGUAGAGAGAUCCAAAGAGAGAUGGAAACUCAGGCGGCAGAUGCCCUGUUCCCAGAUUUGGAAGACAUCAUGGAAGCUUCGGGACUGCAGGCUUAUAGUAAUGCUCCUAUGACAUCGAAGGGCUUGUGGAAUGAAUUUGUCGCUGGGUUGGAGACAUUCGAGGGGAAUGCUACGCCCCAUUUACUGUCCCGGCUUUAG